AUGGCUUCAGCUCAGUACAAUCCAACCACUGUAGCCGACGUCCCCAGGGCUCCAGUGUCGGAGCAGACACCGCUCCUCGGGGAUCAGACUCAGAAUGCGACAGUUACUCCCCAAGAGUCAGAGGUCCCUGUAGCCGAGGAACCCACCACGAAGGAGCUGUUGCUGGUUCUAGGAAGUAUCUGGAUCGGAGUAUUUUUGGCAGCGCUAGAUACGACCAUUGUCGCAACCCUGACGGCUCCCAUCUCGUCCUCCUUCCAUUCACUUUCCCUGCUGUCCUGGCUUGCCACAUCCUAUCUGAUCUCCAACGCAGCGUUUCAACCGCUGAGUGGGCGACUGACCGACAUAUUCUCUCGACGCACGGGGCUCGUCUUGUCCAACAUUUUCUUCGCCGCGGGAAACGUGAUUUGCGGUCUUGCGAAAAGCGAGUGGACUAUCAUAUUGGGCCGUGUUGUCGCAGGCAUCGGCGGAGGAGGUCUGACGGCGAUUUCGACCUUCGUCACGUCGGACUUGGUACCUCUCCGGAAACGUGGGGUUUGGCAGGGCAUCGGAAACCUCUGCUACGGAGCCGGAAGUGGGCUCGGCGGCGUGUUCGGAGGAUGGAUUAACGACACCUUGGGAUGGCGAUGGGCCUUCUUGAUCCAGGUCCCGUUUGUCGCCGUGUCUUGUGUUGUUGUCGCCUUCACCGUUAAGGUGCCCGUUAAGGAGACCACGCGGGGAAAGUUGAAGCGAGUUGACUUCCUCGGGGCUAUCACGUUGGUUAUCACCCUCAUUCUGUUCCUGCUAGGGCUCAAUGCGGGCGGAAACCAAGUGCCGUGGACCCAUCCUCUGAUCCUCACCACUUUGCCUCUAUCGGCCGUCUCUUUUUGCAUCUUUGUCUAUGUGGAGGCGAAUGUCGCGUCCGAGCCUGUCAUCCCGGUCCGCUUGCUCCUGGAUCGUACAGUCUCUUCUGCCUGUCUCACGAACUGGUUCACGACGAUGGCGGUCUUCGGGCUACUGUUCUAUCUGCCGCUUUUCUUCCAGGUACAGGGCUUAUCGGCGACGGCCGCUGGUGUCCGGCUGAUCCCUCAGGCGGUCGGAACCGCAAUGGGCUCACUGGGAUCAGGGAUUCUCAUGCGCGCCACCGGACGUUAUCAGGCCAUGAAUUUUGCCGCCAUGGCUCUGAUGAUCCUCGGAGGAAGCCUCAUCUGUACUCUGGAUCUGACCACCCCAACCUUGCUGCCGUUCGUGUACUUCUUCAUCCUGGGGGUUGCUUACGGGAGCAUGCUCACCAUUACUCUGGUGGCACUGAUCUCGGCGGUGGAUCAUAAGCACCAUGCGGUGAUCACAUCGGCCUCCUAUGCAUUCCGCAGCACUGGCAGUACGAUCGGUAUCACCGUUGCGUCCGCAGUGUUUCAGAACAUGCUGAAAUCCGGUCUUUGGAAUCGGUUCGGCAACCGAGAGGAUGCCGACGAAGUGAUACGCCGUAUCCGAGACAGCCUGGACGAGAUCUGGAAGCUGCCAGCGGACUGGAAGUCCGGCGUAUUGGACGCGUACAUGGAGUCGCUGCGGGCUGCCUUUGUUACUUUGUUGGCACUUGCCAUUCUGGGGGCUGCCGUGAGCCUGGGGAUGCGGCAACACAAGUUGCAUUCGAGCCUGGCGCGACGGGAUUAG